AGACAUCAUGAGAGGAGCUGAUGAAGCCCACAUUCGCCACCGUUUAAGGAGCCCCAGAGCUCCAGAUACACAACAGAAUGAUAUGGGUCCAUAUAGCCACGAGAAGCUGAAAUACAGUGAUUCUCCAUCAUAUUACAUCUUGUCACUUCUGUUCAUCUACUCCUCCUGCAUCAUAUUUGCCAUAUUUGCUGCAGAUUCAAAUUUUCCUACUCCAAAGAAUAUUUCAAAUCAGAAUCUCAAGGAUGGUGUCUUCAUUGAGGAAAGAGCCCGAACAAAACUGGUUCAUUUGGCUUCCUUUGGUCCUAAACCAACUGGAAGCUAUGAGAAUGAGGUUUUGGCUGUUGAUUUCCUGAAGCGCACGCUGAUUGACAUCAAAUACAGAGCUCAUUCAUCUCACAAUAUCACAGUGGAAGUCCAGCAAGUAUCUGGAUCCUUUCCAUUGGAUUUCAAGGAACGUAUGACAAGCAUUUAUGCUCAUCUGCAAAAUGUGAUUGCAGUGCUAGAACCAAGAGAGAAACCAUCACAUGAUGCCAUGCUUGUCAAUUGCCAUUUCGACACUGUGCCUUGGAGUCCAGGAGCUGGUGAUGACUUGGCAAGUUGUGCUGUGAUGUUGGAGGUUUUUGAAGUUUUAGCAACAUCCUCCAAACCUCUGAAAAACUCUAUAAUCUUUCUCUUUAAUGGUGGUGAAGAAAACUUUCUUCAAGCAUCACAUGGGUUUAUAACUCAGCAUCCUUGGGCAUCUCGUAUCAAAGCUGUGGUGAAUUUGGAUGCUUGUGGUGCAGGAGGUCGAGAACUUGUCUUUCAAGCUGGGCCCAACAGCAGUUGGCUUGUCGAGACAUAUGCAGGCUCUGUCCCUCAUCCUUUUGCAUCCUCUGUUGCUCAAGACAUAUUUGAAUCUGGGGUGAUUCCUGGAGAAACUGACUUUAGAAUUUUUCGCGAUUUUGGUCGAAUUCCAGGUUUAGACAUUGCCAACAUACACAAUGGAUAUGUUUAUCACACAAGCAAUGAUAUUCCAGAGCAUAUAACACCCAAGAGCCUUCAGAGAGCAGGAAACAACAUCCUUGCUUUGGUCAAAGCCAUUGGGAACUCUGAUACCUUACAGGACCAACAGGGCCCAGAUAAAUCACAGAAGAUGGUUUAUUUUGACUUCCUUGGGCUCUUUAUGGUUGUCUAUUCCAUCAACUGGGCCUAUCUGCUUUGCAUUGGAGGUCUGGCACUCAUGACAUUCACAUUCUUCAAUGAUAUGAAAGCUUCAAAUUUGAGCAGGAUCCAGUAUGUACUACAGGUCCUGUUGGCAGAUGCCAUUCUGAUUGUAGCCUAUCUUGGCUCUAAGACCAUAACCUUGGUGAUGGGGAUUUUACUGGAUUUAUUUGGCUGCAGCAUGAGUUGGUACAGCCGUCCAAUUCUCAUCUGGCCUCUCUACAUCUUUCCUUCCCUGGGUUUCAGCAUCUUCAUUCUGAGGAGUUUCUCCUUUCUACAUUCUAAGGACAUACCCAAGAAUUCAACCCUCAUGGGAAUCUAUCUCCAUGCAAGCAACUUCCUCUGGAGUGCCCUCCUCCUCCUCCUUGUCUUCCUUGAAUUACGAUCUUCCUACAUCCCAACAUUGUUUAUCAUCUUCCCAUCCCUUUUCUCCAUCAUUCGAAGUCCUCGCUGGUCCACUAUUCAAAACUUAACUAUGUACCUGCUUCUCCAUGCAAUCCCAGCCAUUUGCUUCCUCAGCAUUUGCCUGAAUGGAUUUGUGCUGUUCGUGCCCAUCGCAGGCCGCAUGAGUGCAACCCUCAAUCCUGAGAUCAUCAUCACCAUUCUCACAUCCAUCACAGUGUCAGCUUUUGUACUGCAUCUGAUGCCCGUUUUACAACAUGUAGAUGGAGCAUUGGUAAGGAAAAUAGGGAUUGGACUCACAUGCUGUGGACUAGUUACAAUGAUUCUUGUGCUUCUGACUCCACUGGGAUUCCCAUAUUCAGCUGACCUUGCACAUCCAAGUCAGCAGCGGUUCAUAAUCAUUCAUUCUCAGCGCAAGUGGCAUGACCUGAUGGGUGGUCUGAAGAAUCAAGAUGCUGGUUACUGGCUUCUGCAUCUUGAUCGACACAACCCAGACUCCAUGAUGAAUAUCUUGCCUGGCAUGCAUACAGCACAGCACCUGUCUCGACAGGAGUGCUUUGAGAAGCUCUCAUGUGGCAUGCCCUAUUACUUCCCUAGCUACAAUGUCCUCAGGACAUGGACAUGGUUGCCUGCAUCUGACCCUGUCAUUCAUGACCCAAUCAAAAUGAAACCAGUCAGCAAGGAAGUAAUCUCAAGAUCUCCACUCCUUGUCAACUGGACAUUUCAUGUCUCUGGUCCAGACCACAUGACAAUGGUGCUGUCACCUGAAGAAGGAAUCCAUAUUCAAAAUUGGAGUUUCCCUGAUCCCCCAUACCCGUCCACAAUUGAGUACAAGAGACGACCCACAUACUUUCUUUACUACUCUUGGGGAGCAAAGAGGCAUCCUCUUACCUUCUCCCUCACCCUUAAGAUAUCCACGAAGUCUUCCACUUUACCUGAAAAUUUCCGAGGCUUCGUUUACCUCGAAGAAAGGGAAGAGGAUUUGAAAAGGAAAGAAGUCGAUGAAGUUGAGCUGGUUGAAUCGUCCCUUCACGUGGGCAGCCGCGGCCAGCGGGACGGGUGGUCGAUCGGGGACCAAGAGGGACAACAUGACACCCUCAUCGUCUUACGAUUCCUCAUCCCCUCCCGCCGCAUCGGCGCGUCACUCGGCGUCCCACGCGGGUCACUGGCACAGGUGGUCCAUGUGCCCUUAAGUGCCACCUUACGGCGCCUGUUUUGGGGUCCAACGCGAGAAUGUUUGAUUCGUGGAUGCUCAGCUGCCCCCACCACGACUUCAUCACGAUUCAUAACCCACGUCCAAGAGAGAGAAUCUCGAAUGCCACCUCGCCCGGAGGAGAGACGCUGGCAAGUGACCCCCAGCCUCGCCUUCCCUGGCCUCGCAUCCCCCCAUUCUUCCGGUGUUCCGAUGUCUCUGAGGGUUCUUCAGCGGGGCGAAGGAGGGAGUGGAGAGUCCGAGCUUCGUCUGGUUACAGCGCGAUGGGGAGAUUCGCGGGUUGACGUCAUCUUCUUUGAUGCUCACAAUCUUUUAUCUCGUAGUCCCCUGCAGGUGCUUCUGCAUAGAAAAUGA